AUGAAGUUUUUCAGAUUUAUAAUAGCCUGUAUACUGUUGAUACAGGUUUCAGCUAAACCAGCUACCAAAAAACCUUAUGGUCCUCCGUAUAAAUGGAUGCAAAAAGCAUGUGGUGUUAUGAUUGGUCCUGUUAAAUAUGAUUAUGAAGAUCCAGAUCUUGAAAGUGAAGAUGAAGAUAUUGCUAGUGCAGCUACAAAGAAACAAUUAUGUACUUUUGAACCAAUGUUAGGUUCGAUGGUAUUAUGUAUGAGUGACGGCUUAGGAGGGAAGAACAAAGCUUUCAAUAGCAGCUUAGAAUUAUUAGCUAAAAGUUGUAAAAAACCAACCAAGGGGAAAAUUACUUUAGAAUAUCUUUUAGAUGUUUAUCAAAAUGCUACUGAGUAUUCUGUGGAUCCACCAAUUACUAAGAAAGGUAUAAUUGAUAAGAAAGCUAUCAAGAAAAUUACAUAUUUCCAACCAGUUAAAAUGCCCGAGUACACGAUGUUUGAAACUUUAAGAUAUUACAAAAACCUAUAUUUCAAUCAAGAUAAAGGUUCAAUCAUUGGUGGUAUGAAUUAUGUAUUCUUCCUUAUCGUUUUCCUUGUUUAUGGAGUUUCGAACUUCAUCAAAAGAUUAGGAUUUCAAAGAAGAUUCAAUAAUAAAUACAUUAAUUGGUAUCGUUCCAAUAUUGAAAUCCCAGCUUUAUUCAAUGGGAAACAUACAGAAGCACCAAGUUUUUUGAAAGUUUUCUCAGCUAUAAUUCCAUCAAGAAUGGAAAGCGUUGUUAUACUCUUAUUUGUCUCAUUCAAUAUAUUGAUUUCAACAUUCCAUUACAACUUUGAUUAUUCUCCAAGAACAUGGGCUUAUAUGUUUACACAAUUAGUUUCUGAUAGAACUGGUAUUAUUGCAUUUUCAAUGAUUCCAUUAUUGAUUAUAUUUGCAGGUAGAAAUAAUUUAUUAACAUCACUUACUGGUAUCCCAUUCAAAGCGUUUAUUCAUUAUCAUAAAUGGGUUGCAAGAUUAAUGUGGAUUAAUGCAUUUAUUCAUUCAAUCACUUAUAUUUAUAGAUCAAUCAUGUUUAAUGAAAUCAGUACAUAUUUCUUGCAGAUUUACAUCCAAUGGGGUACAGUUGGUAUCGUUGCAAGUUUUGUCAUACUUUUACAAGCUUAUCAUUUUUUCAGAACCAUGUCAUAUGAAGUUUUUUUGGUUACUCAUAUUGUUUUAGCUAUUGUUUUUGUUAUUGCAUGUUUUUACCACUGUUAUGAUAUUGGUUAUUUGGAAUGGAUUUAUGUCUCAUGGGCCAUAUGGGGUGCUGAUAGAGUUCAAAGAAUCAUUAGAAUGUGUAUGUUUGGAUUCAGAGACGCUGAAAUUGAAUUCAUAUCUGAUGAUACCUUCAAAGUUACUGUUAAACACAAUAAACUAUUCAAACCAUUUCCAGGUUCUUUUGCUUAUAUUUAUUUUAUUACACCAACCAUGUUUUGGCAAUCACAUCCAUUCACAAUCAUUGAUGAAGCUUCAAAUGAAAAUGAAUGUACAGCUUACAUCAAAGCCAAAGCUGGUAUUACAAAUAGAUUAAAAAAACAUCUAGGUCAAGUUCCAGGAAACAAGAAAACCAUUAAAAUUAGUAUCGAAGGUCCAUAUGGUCAUAGAGCACCAGCUGAAAAAUAUGAUACAGCUCUAUUGCUGGCAGGUGGUAAUGGUAUUCCAGGUCCUUAUUACUAUGCAGUUGAUUUAGCCAAACGUGCAUCUGCAACUAGACAACAAAUCAAAUUAUUAUGGACAUUUCGUAAUCCAGAAGCAUUAUUUUGGUUCCAAAAAGAGCUAAAAUUUUUAGCUCAUUUAACAGUUCAAACAGAUAUUUAUAUUACAGGUGAAAUUCCAAAAAUUGAAAGUUCCUCAUCAGAUUCUGAUAAAGAAAAGAAGGAUGUUACAACAACAGGUGUUAGUGGUGAUUCAUCGGAUACUGAUAGCUCUAGACCAUCAUCAAUUACUGAUUUAAUUGAAUCAUUGUCAGGUCAUAUUAAUUUUCAUUAUGGUCGUCCAGAUGUUGAAAAAAUUAUUAUUGAGAAUUUCACUGAUGAAUCAGGUCCAUCUGUUGCUGUUAUUUCUUGUGGUCCUCCAAAGAUGGUUGAUAAUGUUAGAGCAUUCACAGCUAAACACUUACAAAGUGCCAAAGGACGUAUUGAUUUGUUUGAAGAACUACAAGUUUGGUAA